AUUCCCGUCACCGGUCGUAGCAAAAAUAAAAAAUGGUUGAAGCAAAAUAUAUCUGCACGUGGAUGAUGAACCAGAAAGGGAUGGAUGGGCGUGGCCAUGGCGACAGGGCUGCGGUGAGGGGCGGCAGCGGAGCUACAACCUGAGGUACACCCGUCGCUGCUGAGAGCUGCAACUGCAGGUGCGGCUGUUUCAUGGGUCGAGGCGGCGACGAGGACGGCCAGCAAAAGUGGGGACCGGCGACGAGGACGGCCGGGAAGGAUGGGACCGGCGACGAGGACGGCCGGAGAGGGUGGGGUCCGGCAGCGAGGACGGCCACUGGAGGGGAGGCGAGGCGCACAUCAAGCGGGAGACGCGAUUCUAGCGAGAGGAAGAAGAAGUUACGGGGCAAAGCGUUUUUUUCCGUCAGAUCUAAUCACCCAGGCGGCUCAAAUCCAACGGCUCCGAUGCGACCGGCCGAACGGUUGGGCCGGCGCACCGGCGCAGAUUAGUGCCCAUAUUAAUAUUGAACUCUUAAAGUUAAUGUGGCCCCGUUGCAACGCACGGGCGUUCUUCUAGUAGCCAUAGGAAUAUUCUUAUUUAUGUCAAAUAGCACAUUUUUCCUUGAUAGCUAAAUAGCCAGAGAAGCCUUUUUGGUUUCCAAAAACCACAUUAUUCCUUGAUGGCCAAAGAGCCUAGCAUAAGGCCACCGUCGUCAGCAAGAUAUGAGAAGAUUUUCUUUAAUGAUACCCUACAACUAUUUGACAAAAAUAUUAUGCGCACCCUCAGGAUGCAUAUAAAUUUGAGGCCACCUACCCUACGUUAUAAUACUGCUAGGCUUCUCGUGCCACAUCAACGAAAAAAAAAAGAUUGACUCUUACGGAAAUGUGUAUUAAUAAACCCAGAAAACUGCUCAAAACCGUAUAGCUCCAGUUUAUUUCCAUUUUUUCAGGUCAUGGAUCAUAAAGAGUAAUGUCAUCAACAUAUUGUAGAAUGGACGUGCAACCAUCAACUAGGUGAGGUAUCACGAUCACCCCGCUCAUUUGACAACCCACUUGAACAUGUUCGACGAGCAUAGCUAAGCUAGCAUGUUAGGCACACACUGUUUCACAAUAUAAGGGAAAUUGGGUCCCAUUGACGCAGGCCCUCCUUUGUCUACAAGUAGUUACCAACAUUGCCUUCGACAAUCAUGUUAGCAACGUCAGCGUUCUUUUAAUCGUAAUGCUACAUCAUUUCGUUUUUAAUUUUUUGCAGGUUUAUUUUUAUGUUAAUUUUGCAGAGAUGUGAUUAAGUUUUCACUGCCAGCACAAGAAUACCCUGAACUUAAUGGUGCCCUCUCCAGCAACCUCCGAACGCAUACAAGAGAUCCAGGAAAUGGCGACGUCCGUGUAGGUCCGGGCUAUUUGAUGAAAAUGUUGGAGCAGUUGUGCGGCGCGGCUCCUGCAGAACACGGUGACCCGAAGCACCAGCAACCCAUCAUGUACAUUGUCCCCGAGGAACUUAAAAACUUGGAUCAUAACCCCAGCGGAGAAUAUGAGCCGGUUGCUGUUCGUCUGGGCGGGCCCAAGAUUUAUCAUCGGUGGGCAAUUCAGGACAGGGAAAGCUUGCUGAAGAUGGAAGGAUACAAAUGGAGCUGUGUGCGGCAGCUCAUCAACCGGCACAAGAGCCUCUUGGAACCUGCCAGAACUCUGGUGCUACUGGACGGGUGUUUAACGAGCAUGAAACGACUCGUGCCUUGAAUUCGGGCUUCCUACUCUCAACCCACCCUCCAAGAAAAUAAGGUGGCAGAGAUGAUGCUGCUGGACGGCUCCUUCAUCCUACAUCGCUUGCUCAAAUACGCGCGCCUCGCGAAAAUGGAAGAGGCUGGUUUAGGGUUUGACGAGGAGGAAGACGAUGAGGACUGGACUCAGGUCUACGGCAGGUGCUUUGUGUGGCAGUUCGUGACGCGCGACUUGCUGCUGCUGGAGAACCAGAUACCGUUCUUCGUGGUCCGGGAGCUCUUUCAGCAGCUGAGGAACGAGGACGAGCCCGAAGAGCUCCUCGUGACCGGCAGCCUCAGGCUUUUCCGGCCUCUUCGUCCCCAAAGGCUGCACCGCUCACCCAUUGCUUGCGAUGACGUGCACCACCUGCUGCACCUCUUCUACCUCUCCGUCACCUUACCGCCGACGAAUGAGCGCCAGCAGCAUUCCCGCCGUCGCCGCCGAAACGACGAGCUGCUGCCGGAGCUCCCGCAGUGGAUCCCGUGCGCCAAGGAGCUGGAGGAGGCGGGGGUCCGGUUCCGGAAGAGGAAGGACGCCAUGAGCUUCAUGGACGUGAGGUUCGCGCGGGGCGUCCUAGAGAUCCCGCAGCUGGAGCUCAACGACUCGAGCGAGUCGUUGUUCCGGAACCUGAUCGCGUUCGAGCAGACCUAUCCGGACACCCCGCGGGACGUCUCCACCUAUGCCGUCUUCAUGGACUGCCUCAUCACCUCGGCGGAGGACAUGAGGAUCCUGGACCUGCACGGCGUCCUCGUCAGCCAUCUCAACAGCAGAAGGGUCGCCUGGCGAUUCUUCAGCGAUGUCGUCGGGCAGGUGCACUGGUCCGCCGACAACUACCUGCUCGGCCUGAUGGAUGCUGUGAAUAGGUACAGGAACCUCAGGCGGCACAAGUGGCGUGCGGCGCUUGCACGCAACUACUUCAGCAAUCCCUGGGUGACCAUGUCGGUGCUUGCGGCCCUGCUCCUGUUAGCCUUUUCCGUGCUGCAGACAUUCUUCGCUGUCUACGCCUACUUCAAGCCUCCCAAGUAAGCGUGUGUCCACUCACCCUGUUGGAUGCAUGGCGCUCUUCAGCUUGAGUCUAGAUGUGUGGUUGCCCAGUUGGUGGUGAGGUCGUGGGAACCCGCGGAGGUGGUGCUCUGCUCCCUAAUGCCCGGGCUGCCAAUCGACAUUGUCCAGUCAGCAGCACUCUGCCUUCCAACGAUACGGUGCCCUUCGAGCCAGGGCGAAAGGAUAGUGGUCCUCUUCAGAGGUAGAAGCGAUUGGCUUGUCGGUCUUGGUAUAUUCUCCAGGAGUAGGCAAGGAGGUGUUGGCUGCCGAUGUUGGUGUCUUGCUGCCCCUCACUCAGCUGCUGGUGUGGCUACUGCUCUUGGUGUAUUGGCCUUGGUGAUUUUGGCUAGGCUCCUAUUACUAUCUUGUGUUUGCCUGGUUCACUACUAGGUUAUAAGCUGCUACAGCUCUCUGUAUCUCUGUAUUUUUGUUGUUUCUUGUUUCUUUACUUUGUAUCUGCUGUGUUGUAAUCAUGGUCGGUUGAUGUUUGUUAAUUCAAACCCGGGUUAGGUUUGAGCUUUUUUAGAGGCUCGGCCGACCGACUAAGUUUUAUUACCAGAACCGAUAUGUACCAGUGAAGA